AGAGGGCCGCACAUGGAUGGCGCCAGCGGCGGAGGCUCUUGUGUCUUCUCAAUUGUCUGCCUGAACGUCGGUGCAGUGUGGUCCGAGCCUUCGGCGCGUUCGGCCGUGCCCAUGCCCAUGCUUUCGUCCGUCGUCGGCAGUUUCGCCUUGUCAAAACCACUGGAGCUCUCCCACAGGAUUAUUUGCUUCCCUACCCUCUUCUGCCCGGCAAGAGCGAGAGUUGUAUGAGACGCAGUUACCGGUAUCGGACUGCCCACCUACCCAAGUCGAUUCCGGCCCAUGCCAGCUGUACGCCUGAGCGAAGACAGGCACGUACGUGCACGGAACGUCGGGAUAGUAGUACUAGUAGACUGUGCACUGCGUUGUCGGUUGGAUAAUUAGCGGAUAUCUAGCGAUCUGUUGCGUGCGCCUGAAGCGGUGACAAACGCGUGGACGUAAACGCCAAUGAUUUCUGUCGGAAUAACGCUUUGUUCAGAAGUAAAAGUGCCCCAAAAGUGCAGUUCGCCGUGUUACCAUCCGACAACUCUGAGCGCGGGUCACUUUUGCGGCACCGAUUGCAACAGUAGUGAGCGGUGGGUCUGUGCAUACGCUGUCGAUAUCUACAAGCGCGAACAGGCACCUGUGGUAUUCGGAAGGUAGAAAAUGUGCCUAUCGUAGGUCGUACCGUGUAUACUGUGCGCGAUAGCAGAGUCCCUAUUUACACGAUAUGAGCCUAUACAGUAUCGCGUUAUGAUUAACGUAACAGCAAUGACCAUGAGGAUUUUCGCGAGAAGCAAUAAUAUCACAGUCUAAAAGGAUAGUAGGACGAAAUGUUCGCGUAGACUCACUCGCUUAUAGACCAACUACCUUCAGUUGUAUUACCGAUGUGGCGUCUGUGAUAACUGGCAGCUUUAGGCAACAAAGCACCACACGCUUCCUUUUCAAUACAUUGAUGGAAAGAUAGAUAUUUUCAAGAAGUUAUCAUUGGAUUGGAACAUCCGCUAACUGCGCACUAAUAUUUCACAACGCUUUGAGCUCGCUCGGUCUAUAGGACUCACGGAGCCCUGAUUCGCGCGCCCUCGGAUUGCAGUCGUUGCAACCGAUCAUCCGCCUAUUAGUCUGGCUAACCUACCGUUACUCUUUCUCUUGGAGAUAUCGAAAUCGCAGCCCCGCAUCGAUAGAAACGUGAAUAGACGAACUAACGGAUACUACCCAACAAAUCAAUCUACAGUUGCAGAACGUAAUACUUGUUCAGUGAAAAUAUACGCAUUUAGUGAUUUUCUAUCGGCAUUUUAGCCUGCGCGUUAGCUCAGGGAGAACGAUCUAUUUUACGCCGCACUAAUUGUAGUGGUAGCAGCGUAAAUCGAAUUUGUACCCUCUGGAUCAAACUUUAUCUGUACAGCUUCCGUAGUCGAAUUUAUCUCAUGGAUUUUCGCCUAGAUGGCCAGCUUGUUCGGGUUUUAGUUGCGUAACCUGUUAGACUACAGCGGUCCGCCUGCGACGACCUAGGUGUCAAGGACCUGCAGCGAGCCAGCUCCGUUAUUUGGCUAGCUGAGUUUUACACCGUUUUCUAUUUGCGUAUCGCGACCGUGACGCGCGUGAUCCGCUCAGUGUUUCCUAGUUGUCACUGCUGCCGAAAUCGUUACCUAAACAAAGUGUGUUAUACUGUGUCGGACACAGAGCAAUUGGUUCAAAUCAAAGAAAAACUAAUGAAACGAACACAGAAAAGAACCUGUUAACGAGACUUGCCAAUCGCCGAGUAUCAAGUGAACUAUUUUUCGCAAAGGAAAUAUAUAAAUCAUUGCCGCCAGUUAGACAAAAUGGAGUUCAGACUAGCUCGCCUUAAUUAUUGUUCGCUACCAUGGAUGAGUGUUGUGAUCUUGCAAGCACUUGCGCUGGUUACGCGCGCUGCAAAACUGCCAGACAUCUAUUGGAACAUGAGUAAUCCAAUAUUUCGGAUCGACAAUACCGAUCAUAUCAUCGAUGUGAACAAAGACAAUUUAGUAUUCGAGUACGACCAGGUAAACAUAGUCUGCCCGAAGCAUGAUCCGAACGUGCCCGAGGAGGAAACUGAAAAGUACAUCAUUUACAACGUAUCAAAGGAGGAAUAUGAGACUUGCCAGAUUCGCGACUUCUCCCGGGCUCGCACGAUUGCACAGUGCAACAAGCCGUACCAGAGCAUGUACUUCACGAUCACAUUUCGCUCGUUCACGCCACAGCCCGGAGGGCUUGAAUUUAAGCCCGGCCAGGACUAUUACUUCAUCGCCGCGUCGGAAGACAUCCAAAACGGCGAGAACCACUGCUUGACGAAAAACAUGCGCGUGCAGUUUAAAGUCUGCUGCAAGAAAGAGGAAGCACGAGUCCGACCAACCCCUGCAGCAACUACAAGCACAACGACGUUUAUGCCGAACGUUGAAGAGAACAAUGUCAUCUACCCGUUCUACACGCAUCCGCCCUCGCACAAGCCAGCAUCGGGUGGUCGUCAGGACUACUUAGACCGGCCAGACCGCCUUGGCCGCUUGGAUCGCUUAGGUCACCAUCGUGGAUCGGACAUUGGCGAUCGGGACCGAGGUUUCCCCGUACGACGUACUCAUCACGGCCAUCACCACAAUUCGCACGGAGGCGGAAGCAGCCACGAGGCGAGCAGUACGGUGGACUAUUGGCCCCAUAUACCCCAUGCGCCUGGUCAGGGUCAAUUCGCUGGGGGUUACCCCUCCAGCCCUCGUAAGCCUGAUUGGCCUCACAAGCGUCCCCACUUCAAGAAUCCGGACCGACCUGUUUCUGACGACACGGCAGUGUUUAAAAAGCCGCUAAACAGCCUUGAAAGAGGUCGAGCAUGGGAACGGGCCGGAAAGAAGGAAGGACUCACGAACAGCUCCAACAGUUUGCAUCAAAAAUCGUCGUUCAUUGGACGUUUGCUCACGCUUGUGAGCACGUCUCUAUUAAUGCUUGUCAUAAGAAUGAUGAUGCAGCGGUGAUCCGUUUGAGAGUUCCUGCCUGCUAAAAGUGGGCAGAUGGACAUAUUAUUGCGGAAUACAGUGGAUAGAAAAGAGACACUGAAGUCUAUAGAAUAUCCGGAACGAUAUGAUUAUAAACUGUCGCACAUAUUUAAGAGAAAGGAGGACACCGUGGAAGAAAGAUGAAACACAGAAAGGAUAGAAAAUGCUCUAUGUACUAUUAUUACCAUUAUUAUUAUUUAGUGGUAGUAAAGGAGAAAAACGACUGAUUGAUAUUGAUGAUAUCUUACAUGUGCCAGAACCUGUCUCAGUUUGGAGAACUCGACGAUCGUCUUUGAUUGGUGGCGCUGAUAAUGUAUAGCAAAUACGUUCGAAUGGCGGUGCUGACAGAUACCUCGGUUUUAUUCAAUUCAGCGAUAAUUCGUAUGGAAAUAAUGAACAGUGUGUUAGUUGGAAGAAGCAAACGCAUUCGAUUUUGCCAGAGAGACACUAGGCCAAAUGACAACAAAUUAGCUCAGUUUAUACAACUUAACACAUAUAUAUACAUAUAUAUCUACAUAUAUAUACUCUAACAUAAGUCGGUAAGCUUACCGCCAAUCCCACUCUGUGCCCUACCACCAGCUCGUGAAACGUUAUCACGUUAUAGGCUAGUUUGGGUUCUUGUAACUUUACUGAUUGUCUAACCGAUUGAUCUCAGCUACCCGUAAUAUAAUGUCCAAUAUAUGUAAAGAUAUAUAUGUAUGUGUAUAAUCGAGUCGAGUGGCGCGACGUACAAGAUUUUCCGCCCCCUACACAGGGUUGGAGAGACGGACACAUUAUAGCAGACGGCUUCAAACGUGGCGCAGGUUCUUGGCGUACGGCUGAUAGUGGCUCCUUUACUAUCUUGUCUGUAAAUAGUUGCAGUAUCAAGUGGACCACACAAACAAACCAAUAUAAUUAAUACACAGACACGCGUAAUUCAUAUUAUAAAGAUGACUAUUGGCGCCGUACCUUUGCAUUCUGGUGGAGUAACCGUCAGGUCCGCAGAAAAGGUUCCGAAAAUUUUUAAGUCCCUUGAGCCCACUGCUCAAAGACCUAUUCGAGGUCUAUGCCUCUAACAGAUGCUGCAAGAGAAAUCGACCUCCGAAGUCUUUUAGGAGAAUUUUGAAGAAAUUGGCUAUCUAGCAUUACAGACUUACUGAGGGCUGCAGAUAUGUAACAGUUCCGUCGUGUUCAAGAAUUCCACCAGAUAAGGAGAACAUCUAAGCGAUGGCGAUAAUAUUAAGAGUUUCGAAAGAAAUACAUGUUCUCACGAGAUAAUAAUUGAGAAGAAUUAAGCGGUACUGUAAAGAGUAACUAGUAACAGACGUAAGAAAGUAACAGAUCUACAGAUCUACUCAGAGACACCCAAACAUUUUGAAGUUGUAAAAAGAAUACGCGGCAAGUGCAUAAACAGAAAAAGAAGACAUAUAGAGAGAUGAGGUGUUACGGGCACUAGACGGACGGCCUACAAAAAAAAGGCAGACAAGCCAUAAGCAAAGAAGCAAAACUAAGGAUAUUAAAUGAUCACUGUGCGAAAACAAGAUUGGCGUUCGAUGAAACUUCGUAGGAGCUCUCGUCUACGCCUAACCGAGGCACAGGUCAGACGAGAAGGCAACCGAGAGAAAUAGACAACAUGCCCGAUGCUGUGAUAUAUUUAUUUUCGGUGUUAUUUUCAAAAAACAGAAACCGACACACAAAAAAUAAUAAUAAAUAAGAUUAUAGAUAAGUGAUCAAGAUAGAAGGGAUAAAUGAAACACAACCGACCCAUAAGGGGUCGUGGAGUAAAAUACAGGGAAUGACAUGCAGGAUGUUGGGAGCGACUGGAACAGAGGAUCGACAGCAAGGAGAAGCUAUUAAUACCAGUAGGAGAAAGAGCUAAGUGAUUAAACUCAGGAUGAGUGCGUGAGACAGCACCCAUCAAAAUGUUAAAUCGACAUACUUGUAAAUGUGUUUGUCGAUAGAAUAAAAGGGAAGAAAUGCACCUAAAGUGUUAUUCUGUUUUUCUGUUGAAAUUUACGGGAUUCGAAGUUUGGUGUAAUUGCUUUUAGAUAGACGGCUUGGAGUGGAAGAAGGAGUGUCAACAAGAUGUCUGUGUCUAGCUAUAUGAGUGUGUAAGCUGGAUGUGUAUCAGUAUUUAAAUUGGUAUCAUUAUAUGUGAGCAUAAGUAUCUGCGUGUGUGUCUAUGUGUGUAUAAGUGACCAGUUCGUACGUUCCAGCGUAUGGGCGAUAUUUUUUGUGAAUAUGCGCUUACUGUGUGUCUAAGAUACCGAGCAUGUGAGGAGCAUCUGGGUAAACUCAAGACUCCUGGACAGGGGCAGAAAGUUAGAAAAGAAGAAUCGGAGAAAUGAGAGGGUCGAGCGAGGGGGGUAUUUGAAAGCUGAGAUAUAUGUAUGGAGCAAAUCUAGACAAAACUGAGAGACCUAAAGAGUAUCCACCGUUCGUUUUUGCUGUCUACGAGUAAGAGCCGUGUGUAAAUAACGACGAGAAUAUAGAGAUAUGGUCGAGAGAAUGGUCAUGAACAGUGGAGAUGCGGAAAAUCAGGCGCCAUUAACGAAAGGACAGCGUUACUUGCCAUUUCGUUUGUUACCAUAAAAUGAAAUGAUUAAUAAUUCAUCAACGGUGGCGACAGAGGUUUUUUUAUUAUCUGAAAGCUAUUACCACAAUAAAGAAGAAAACGCGGAGCGAAAAUUACACAAAAAGAAAGAUGACAGAAAUCAGUUAUACCUGUGUACAAGGUCAUUUAUUACCCAACGUCGUCUUCCCCAGUCCCUGCGGGACCACGGAGUUGAAUCACGGUCUAACAGCCUGAUGACCCAAAAACAACCCUGGCAGAUUUCAUCGAAAUCCCCCAACCUUGCUCUCUGACUCUACGCAUAUUUGAAACGGUCUCCAAUUAGCGUCGUUUUAAUUGAACUCUGUUCCGAAGAUUUGGCAAGCACAUCAUGCAUUAAGCUUCGCAAAGUCUCUUGAUAUAAAGAAUGAGAAAAUGAGUGACCCAUUUUCUCAACAGCACUGCGGUCAACCCUAUGUUACUAAGAGGAAAUAUCUCCGGAAUAGUGUUUUAAAAUUCAACUCACAGCCUAGUAGCAAGGCCCAAGUAGUAAAACCCCCCAAAAAAUACGAUGUGCUGACUAAGCAGCUCGGGAUACAUUAAAAUAAUGGUCUCGUAAAUUAAUGUAUUCACGACUCUUCGCAAGCAUGUCAUGCUUUUGGUAAGCAAGCCUCACACAAAAAUCUCCGGUUGGUUUGGCUUAGCGACGAAAUCGCUUGCCAUUGCAGAUCUGCCCAGCGUAAUUGCACCUGCCACAACGCAACUAGCCUAUACACUCACAAUUGUUUACUGUAGUGUUGUCAAGUAGAAAACAUUAAAUAAGAUCUUGCUAUAAUAUCUCAAUUAGCACCCAACCUUUGACACGAUUCUUUGACGCCAGCUCCCCACCGUUUUCACCGAACAACGUAAAACGCCGAUAAAUGGAAGAGCGGUAUCGACCGUGGUGCUGAUAGCACGGUCCAACUCGAUCUCGACAUUGCUUCAGCCCGGUUACAUUACCAGCUGAUACAAUAAAAUCAUAUAAAUUCAUAUGUGGCCAGUCGCCAUUGAACUGAGUAUAGAAUGAAUCAAGAACGAGAUCUAUUAGAGGGAAAAUCGCCGGCGGCGUGUGGUCACCGCGAAAAAAAAUCAGAUCAAGGAAAGACGGUUAAGUAAAGCUGCGAGGUGACGUUGCCCGUCCGAAUUAAUGUACAUAAUAGAGAUACUAUUAAUAACGAUAAGUAUAUUCAUAUGAUGAAUAUGACGCCGAUGAUGACCAUGAAAAGAAGGAGUCUAUUGCUAACAGCGGCGAGAAGAUUAUACAACGCCUAAAUAGCGUAAAUGGUUCGAGUGGCAGACAUGAUCGGCGAAGGGAUUGGUAAAUUAUUUUUUGGCUAGAAAUUGUGGCUGAAUUUUUCAACAUAAUUCCCGUGCCUUCUUCUCCACAACAUGUUCCGGUGCUCCCUUCAUUUUCGAAUGAGUAUUUUGGUAGUAAAAAAAACUUCGUUGAGUAAUCUAAUCUAUCAAACAAAACAAAGAAGUUCCGCUAACAAAGAAAAAUCACAACGUUUCGAUAUUGUUCCUUAGGUUGCUUCUGUUGUGUGGAAUGGGGGCGCAGUAAACUAUACGGUCUGAACGUGCGAUAGAUGAUCUAGAUCGUAGUGAUUUAACGCGAUAUGCUGUCGUACGUGGAAGAGGUUAGAAGUGAGUGCCUAUGAAUUAUGUUCAAUAAACCAGUUCAUCACCAGCACCAUCACUCUGUACCAUCCCUGGCGUCAGUUGUGUAGUCUUCUCGUUCGCGUCCUGCAUCACACCUGUGUUGUGUCUGUACCCCGGACGGAACGGCCGCCUCGCGCCACAGCUACAGAAUGUUAAAGGAAAUCUAUAUAUAGAUAUAUAAAUACUAUACAAAAAAAUAACAAUUACAGUUAAUGAGAUUAAAAAGUAAACGUAAUGAUAAACGGUUAUCAUCACAGCUGUGCACAAGGAUACAACUUAAUAAUAAUUUGAGCAAAAAAAAAACUUAUAAUCAGAGGAAAAGAGUAGGAAGAAAGUCAGUAUAAAAAUAGCAAAUCAAAUCACCGAGGGAACCUGAACAGAAAAGCUCGAUUUUUGAAGGGAGCGAACAAAGUAAUGCGCGGUCAACAUUGGAGAAUAGCAUUUACGAUAAUAACUUUACAGUUCUUAGUAAAUUUAAAAUAAAAUGAUUCAAAAAUCUACAACUAUUAGAAAAAAAAAAGCUAUUAUUAUUAUUGCUACUAUUAAAGACCCUUAUUGUAACCCUGACAUAAAUAUUAGGAUAUAUAAUUAUAACAUUUUUGCAGCCAUGCAUCGUGAAGCCGCUUUGAAAAUCUCCCACCUUCAUGAGAACGUUUUCUGUGCAUAGAAUAUUUACAAAAACCAAAAUAAGUGAAAUGGGAUAAAAAUGAUCGUUACUGCUAGUGCAAAUUUGAGAGGAAGUCCCAGGUAACAGAAAAAAUAUAUAAGAAAUUAUUAUUAUUAAAGACGAAAAAAUACCCUGUAUGAGAGAAUUUUAAGGGCGCAAGCAAUUUUUUCCCCCUUCGGAGUUUUUUGCUGAACAAGUCAACGUGCGUAAGGCAAAAUCAACUUACCACCUAAACAAACAGAUAAACUUCAAGAUGACAACAACGAAGAUUGAACAGAGAUGAGAACUCAAAUGAGCGGGGAGCUAGACGAGCCCUGUAGCUAAAAAACCGUGUGUGUAAAUAUUAGUUGUUCCUUAAUUUGUAUUAUAUUUAAAUAUUUAUUAAACAGACAUAAAAAGCCUAUAAACAACAUGAAUAAGAAAAAAAUACUAAAAACAAACAGAAAUAAAUGAAUGGCAUUUAAGACGAUGAAAAUCAGCUUUAUGGUCUUUUCUUGAUCGUUGUAAUGU